AAAAGCGCUGAGAAAAUCAAGAUGGCAGCGCCCACGGACGAGAUUGAAGUGGGAAAGUUUGUUCACAUUAAUACAAGAUUUGACUCUGCCAAUGAAACAAAAGUUGUAGAGCCAUAUCCCAGAAGUGGGCAUUGCUGUGCGACAGAUGGCAUCAAUCUGUAUGUGUUUGGAGGAUACCAUCCUGCAUAUUGCAUGACAGAAACAGAGCCAGAGUACCGUGAAGUGACCAAAAAGAAUGAAGUAUUCAAAGACAUGUGGUGUUUCAAUCUUGCUCGAGAAACCUGGUGUGAAGUGAACACAGUUGGCGCUGUACCACACGAGACAGCAUCAAUGUCAAUGUUGCUUAGUGGUCACACAUUGCUACUGUUUGGAGGGACAUGUUACCCCUGGGGUCACACUAGUAAUGCAGACAUGGUGUCUUUCAAGUUGAAGGAUAAAACAUGGUCAACAUUAGCAUGUAAAGGUCAGCAUCCUCCAGGAAAAUAUGGACAGGCCAUGUCACUUGUGUACGACCGCCUUUAUCUCUUUGGAGGCUGCCGUCGACUCUCAGAAGAGGAUUUCUUGUUUGAUGCUGACCUCCAUUGUCUUAACCUUAAAAACCUGACCUGGUCACUGGUGUCGGACAUGGAUGCUCAGAGUGACAGUGAUGCCCCUUUUAGGGUCAUGUACAGGCACAGCCUUGCGUGGCACGAGAACAAAAUGUACCUGAUUGGCAACAGUUGGAGAGAGCUGUACUCAUCUGAGUACCAUGACCAGAUUCAUGUGUACAAUUUGGAAACCAACACGUGGGAAAAGGAGCCAACGUUGCCGUGCCUGCAUAAUGGUCACCCACAGCGAAGGCAAUAUCAUAGCUGUAUGCAAUGGAAAAAUGAGGUUUACAUGUGUGGAGGUCACAACAACGUAACUAUCUUUGGAGACAUCUGGAAGCUUGAUCUUCCAAGCUUACAGUGGACUCGCUUAUCAACUGAGAUGCCUGUCCCCACAUUCUUUCAUUCAGCUGCAAUAACAUCAACCAAGUGUUUGUAUAUUUUCGGGGGCGUGACUUGUCUGCGAGAUCGUGAUCGGACCAACAACAUCUUCAGAAUAUGGUUGGACAUCCCACCUCUCACAGACAUCGCCUUGAGGAAAGUUUUGUCCCUCUUGCCUAAUCGAAGUCAGGAUAGCAUCAAUAGAUUAUGGGACUUGGGUGUACCACAAACUAUCAUGGAUCUAGGCACGGAGCCUCAUCCAAGAAGUGGUCAUUGCUGUGCAACAGAUGGUUACAAUCUCAUCGUGUAUGGUGGAUACCAUCCUGAAUAUCACAGAGCUGAACCAGGUCAUGGAGAAGUCAUCAUAGAAAAUCAAGUUUUCACUGAAAUGUGGUGCUUUAACUUUGCCACGGAGACCUGGCAUGAAGUGGAGACAGAAGGGGAUGAACCAACUGCCACUACAGGCAUGUCAAUGAUAUACAUCCAUCGCCCUGAAAGACUGUUGUUGCAUGGAGGAUCUGGCCAUCCUUGGGGACAAAACACCAAUGGAGACCUGAUUGUCUUUGAACUGCUUCAGAAGAGAUGGACAUCAUUGAGGUGCAUAGGUGAUUGCCCUGCUCCAAAGUAUGGACAGGCAAUUAUUGUUAGACAGGGCCAUCUGUACUGCUAUGGAGGCUGUCGUUGGCUCCCAGACACAGAAAAUUUCUUGUUCAAUUCAGAGCUUCAUCACCUAGACCUGGAGAGCAAGGAAUGGUCGAUGCUGUCUAAUGAACCAGAAAAUGCAUCACGUGUCAUGUACAAGCAUGGCUUGGCUCUGUAUGAGGAGAAACUGUACAUCGUGGGAAGUAGUUACAGGGAUUUGUACUCAUUAACUCAUCAAGAAAAGAUCCAUGUGUAUGAUUUGCGCACGAGAGAGUGGAGGAGUGAAGAAACGCUGCGUUGUCCCAAUCACGGAUUUCCGAGGCAGAGAAAAUAUCAUGGCUGGGUGCAGUGGAACAAUGAGAUCUACAUAUGUGGUGGCCACAACAACAGAGUUGUGUUAAGAGAUGUGUGGAAGCUAGAGUUACCUAGCUUACAGUGGACUCGUUUGCCCACAGACAUGCCAAUCACAACAUAUUUCCACUCAGCUGCUAUAACACCUACCAAAUGCCUAUACACAUUUGGAGGGAUUAAUGAUCUAGAGGAUCGUCCUCGGACCAAUGCUGUCUUCAGAAUCUGGCUGGCUAUUCCGCCUCUUCUGGACCUUGCCCUGAAAAAGGUUCUGUCUCUCCUACCGAACAGAAACCCUGAAACUAUCACAAGACUUCAUCAAGACCUGGGCAUUCCUGCAAAUGUGAUGGACAAAUUGAGACAUGUUGAAUGACUCGGCUGGGAGCUUGCGUGCAUGCUAGAGUGCUCAGUGUUUCACCUUGACUGUCACUCUGUCUUGAAUUAUGCACUUCACCUGUUGUCAUUUAUGACCAAUCAUAGUAGAACUAGAUGUUUUGCUUUCAAAUGAUGCAUUUUGUAUACUCAUUUGCUUUCAAACAUACAUUAUUCAGUAGAUUGCGAGUAGCUUUGGGGGGUUUUGUUACUACAGUAAUGCCUCAUCCAAUUGUUUCCUGGCUGAUAUAUACGAUCAUUCGAUCGAAUAUUCGAUCGAGAAUCGAAUUUUUCAAUAUUAUUUUCCAAAUUUGAAUAUUCGAAUGCAAAAUU